GGCGCUGAUCUCGUCCUCCGCCACUUUCAGUCCUUCAAGUUCCUCCGCCUGGUCACGGUCUGUCUUACGAACCGGCACUUCAUUCGCCUUCACUCUCACAUACGCCUUGUCUCUUCCUCUCACCAUCCACCCAAUCACGCCCCCGGAUUAUCGGGAUAUGGUUCAGACCGACGCUGCGAAGCUUGCCGCGCUCGAGGCGACCCUGUUGAACACGUCCGGAAAUGUCCCACUGCAUAAUCGUUUCCGUGCCCUCUUCACGCUGAAGUCACUCAAGUCAGAGGAGGCUAUCAGGAUCAUCUCAAAAGGUUUCGCGGAUGACAGUGCUCUGCUAAAACACGAACUCGCCUACUGCCUUGGCCAAAUGAAAAACAUCUCUGCUCUUCCCACCCUCGAAGCCGUCCUCGCCAACGAAUCCGAAGACCCCAUGGUCCGACAUGAGGCUGCCGAAGCGAUGGGAGCCAUAUCCGCUCCAGCCAGCAUAACUUUUCUCAAGCACUACCUGAACGACUCGAACAAGAGCGUGAGUGAGACAUGCGAGAUCGCACUUGCGAAGAUCCAGUGGGAUAACUCGGAGGAGGGGAAGAAGCACUGGAAUAGCGUGGCGUCAUCAUCAGACCAGACUUACACCUCCAUCGACCCUGCUCCGCCUUCCUCAAAACUCCUCUCUGGUAAAGCGACGCCGGAAGAUGCCUCUGAGGUGGCUAUCGCUAAACUAAAAGACACCCUCCUCGACACGUCGUGCCCUCUCUUCGAGCGAUAUCGCGCUAUGUUCGCCCUGCGAAAUAUCGGAACUCCCGCUGCAGUCGAUGCGCUAGCAGCCGGUUUCGCUGAUGACAGCGCUCUGUUCAAGCACGAGAUCGCCUUCGUAUUUGGCCAACUCCUCUCCGCCCACGCCGUCCCGUCCCUCCUGAAAGUACUUCAGAAUUCAUCAGAGUCUGACAUGGUUCGCCACGAAGCUGCUGAGGCCCUCGGGGGCAUUGCGACCCCCGAGGUGCUCCCGCAUUUGAAGGAGUGGUCGAAGCGCGAGGACUCGCCGCGCGUAGUGAAGGAGAGCUGUAUCGUCGCGAUCGAUAUGUGGGAGUACGAGAACUCCGGCGAAUUCCAAUACGCAAAUGGUCUCGCAGACGGUAAUACGGUGUCAGCUGUUGGUGCAUGAGUCGUUAUGGGCCGGGAUUCCACUGGUGCGUCUCCGCCAUCUGUCGGCGGGAUGGUGCGUUUUGUAGCGUUAGUCUUCGCGUUCGUAUGCUUUGAGUGUCGCUGUUUUACUGUCAAGUUGUCUGGAAAGCUCUCGACUGCACCGUGCGAUCG